AUGUCUUCCAUUUGGCGCUACUUGCAGAUUGCUCCUGAAGAGCUUAGACUAGAGACUACACUGAAAUGUGGCCAAUCCUUUCGUUGGAAAGUUUCGGGGGAAAAUGAAUGGUCGUGUGCUUUCAAGGGUCGUCUUGUAACCUUGAGGCAAAUGUCAUCAGGUAUAUCCUUUAGAACUUAUCCAAUAAAUUCUACAGUUUCUUCUUCAACGUCAUCGCAACCAGAACAAAAAACUCGACAGACGGAGAAAGAUUUGGAUAGUGUGUAUAAAUUCCUCCACGAUUAUUUUCAAUUAAAUUUAAAUCUGAGUGAAUGCUAUGCUCGUUGGAGUGCUGUCGACCCAAACUUUGCCAAGGUGGCGCAACAGUUUCAGGGAAUUAGAAUAUUGAGACAAGAUCCGGUUGAAAAUCUGAUUUGCUUCAUCUGUUCCUCUAAUAAUAAUAUUAACAGGAUUUCGCAAAUGAUUGAGAAAUUAUGUCGCAAGUACGGUAAAAAAAUAUGUACACUCAACAACGAAGAUUAUUUUGAUUUUCCUACUCUUGAAAAACUGGCGAGAUCAAAUGUAGAAGAAGAAUUAAAGAAACUAGGAUUUGGCUAUCGUGCAAAAUACAUUAGUCAAACGGCCAAUUAUAUCCUCAAUAAUAUAUCUGAUGGAGAGAAAUGGUUAUUCUCGUUACGAAAUGCAAGUUAUAAGGAUGCACAUUCCUCGCUUUUGCGAUUAUCUGGUGUCGGGCCUAAAGUUGCGGAUUGCGUGUGUUUGAUGUCACUCGAUAAACAGAAUGCCAUACCGGUAGACACUCACGUAUGGCAAAUUGCGAAGCGUGAAUAUGGUUUUGAUACCAAACCGGGAAAAUCUCCAAAAACUUUGACCAAUCGAAUGUAUGAAGAAAUUAGCGAUCAUUUUCGUACUUUAUUUGGAGAUUAUAGUGGUUGGGCACAUUCUGUCUUAUUUGCGGCAGAUUUAAAAGUUUUCGAAAAUCGACAUGAAACAGCAUCGAUGAAUGAUAAUAAGUUGGGGGAUAAUGGAUUAAUACCGUUGGAUAAGACAUUCUCAUCAACUAAAAAGACUUUAAUCUCAGUCAAGCCGAAAAAUAAAGAUUUGCUGAUAGAACCUGUAAAAAAGAAAAUCCGUAAAAAUUAUACUUAG